AUGAUUGGACCUCCUAAUACUAAGAGAAGGGACAAGCGAUAUGAAUACCACAAGGACCAUGGUCAUGACACCGACAGUUGUUAUGCACUGAAGGACCACUUGGAGGAACUGGUACAAGACGGCCGGCUGGCGCAACACGUCCGAAAGAAUAAUCCAUCGAACGCGGUAGCCAUACGGCCAGAUUCAUCUCCACUGGGUGUAAUUCACAUGAUAUACAACCUGCCGUCGUCAACCGAGAUACAGAUAAUUCAGUUACAACCUAGCCUCCAUAGGCUGAUCACACCAGCAAAACGACCCCAUGAAACUGGGAGGAUUAGUUUCGACAACACCGAUUUAGUUGGAGUAACUCUUCCACACGCCGAUCCCCUAGUCAUUGAGCUACGCGUCAACAAAUUCACCAUUGAACGUGUUCUCAUCGAUUAG